AUGCAGUUCCUCAACCAUUUCCUCAUUCUUAGCAUCGCUGCCUCUGUCCGAGCUUCUCCAGUCUCCACGGAUUCCGAAGCCAGCAAUGCCAUGCUGUCUCGUCGAUGGGAGCAACCCGAUGUUCCGGCAGAUUGGAUCAACAAAUCAAGCGAGAUGACUGGCGAGCAGCUUGUGGCUGAGUACGCUCCUUCUGGAGCCAGAGCUCUCCUCAGUCGUGCCAGCGGCUGCUCUCAAGGAGAGUGUCCUGACCGAGACCCGCCAUUCCGUAGCGAUGCGCCUUGGGAUCUCGAAUUCCAAUUCACUGUUAUCCCGGACCCAAGUCCUGUUCCGUUUCCAAUCUUCACGCAAGAAUACCAUCUCCGUAUAAACGACUGCGAUAAGUGUCAGCGCAUCAAAACGGGGUCAUACAACAACGAGAACGGGUGCUACAAUUUCAAUUCGUGUGGACGUGACCAGACCAUCUGCAUCGAUGAUAAGAAUCAUCGCGCCCAUCGUAUUUGGAAGGACAAUGGGCAUAAGGAUUGCUUUAACCUUAUCGUCGACCCUAAGGGCUCGUGUGGUUUUGUCAAAGGUAAACUGGAGCACUAG